UAAAACGGAGAUUCAGGCUGUUCUAAGAAUUGUGAGGUGGGACCUUACAGAAGAGGUGAUGGUGGUGAAAAAGGAGCAGAAGCCAUCCACAAGAUUUUUGCUGAGGAUUACAGAAAAAGCUCUGGGACCCUCCUCUCAUCUGGCUAUAAGGAAAGAAGGAUGGAUGUGGCCCUCCUGAAACCUGAGAUUUGCUAUCCAAGGCUGUGAACCCACCUCAUCAUCUAUUAGCCUACAGCUCUGCUGCAGUGAGCACAAUAAAAGGACUCUCCAAGCAUGGCAACCUUCAACAACGAGACUACAUCCCUUUUCCAAUACCUUGGUUUUCAAGUGCAAAAGAUUUACCCUUUCCAUGAUAACUGGAACACUGCCUGCUUUAUUAUUCUGGUUAUAUUUAUCUUUACUGUCGUUUCUCUGGUGGUGUUGGCUUUCCUUUACGAGUUGCUUGACUGUUGCUGCUGUGUGAAAAAUAAAACCAUGAAAGACCUAGAGAAUGAAUCUAACCCAGUUAGAACCAUGAUGAGUAGCUUUAGGAAGAGAGAAACAGAAGUGGUGUAGUAAUGAUUGAUCACUAGAACUCACAGAAGAACCAACAAACAAAAUGAAGCCUCUUGCAUCCUGUGAGCAAGUCAUGUGCUCUUUGGGCCUUAAUCAUUAUUAGCAACAAUUAUUUCACUUCUGGAUGUGAACUUGAAUGGCUAGCAAAAUCUUUAUAUGGCCCACCUGUUAGAAUGUUAUGUGGGAAGAAAGAUUUUUGUUUUUAAAUGAACUUUUGUCAUCUAUAUUUGAUUACUAGAGUAAAUAUUUGUUCAUCUGAACAAUUCACAGCGUUGCUUAAUUGGAGAAAUACAGAUCAAUCUGAUUGUCACCCUCACCCCUGCCAUCUCAUGUCUCCUCCUUGGUCUAUAGGUUUCUUCCAUAUGUUUUCCUGCCACAACCCCAUGCAAUACACCUUAAUGUGAAAGGAUACUU